CAAGUUGAAUGCGGUAUCUUCACGACGCCGUUUACUCCUCCUUUGUCCAGUCCAGUUCAAUCCCCGGCAAAAUCUCCAUUUCCUACUCUCCGACUAGUGAGGUAAGUGAGAUAAAGUUAAUGCCAUGAGCGUCUGCAAAACCCUAUUUCGCUCUUCAAUUUCGUUUAUUGAGUUCAAAACUCGAAGCAGUUAUCGUAGAAGUUUCACUUCUCAUUUUUCAUCCAAUUUCGCUCCUUUUAACGCACUGCGUCUACUCUCUCCUAAUCCAGGACUUAGAAUCGAACCGUGUAGAGCUACUUCAAGACGAUAUGGCAGCACUCAAGGAGCAAUUUCACUGGAAAUUUCGGAAAAUGCGGAGGAAAUGACAGUUCCGCGUGUCGCCAUAGAAAUUCCGGAGGAAAAAUCGGAAGAUACAGUAGAAGAGUUGCUUUCCAAUAAAGAUGAUGUAACAAAGUUUAUGAAAAUGGAACGUAGGUCCAAUACUGAAGGCCAAGGGCAUCAGGACCGUUGGUUUCCGUAUUUGGAUAGAUUUAAGGUGGGAAAUGUGGACUUGAAUAGCGCAGAGGUAUUGGAAGCUUUGAACCCGGUUAUAAUGGAUUCGAGGAAAGAGAGGUUUAGAAAUGCUGUGAUGAAUCGGACAUAUUCUGUAUGUUUGGUGGUGGAAGGUUUGAGUGAUUUUGGCAAUAUUUCAGCUGCGUUUCGGUCAGCUGAUGCACUGGGCAUUCAGUCAGUCCAUGUUGUAGCGUGUGACUGUUCGAAAAGGUACAGGGAGAAUCGCCAUGUCAGCAUGGGAGCUGAGAAAUGGUUGGACAUCGAACUUUGGGAUUCUGUCCAUGAGUGUUUCAAAGUUUUGAAAUCACGUGGUUAUCGUAUUGCGACAACACAUCUUGGAAUGGACACAGUUUCUGUAUACGAUAUGGACUGGUCAUGCCCAACUGCAAUUGUUGUUGGAAAUGAACUUAGGGGAAUUAGUGAUGAGGCUCUUGAAUUAUCAGACUUACACUGCAGUAUUCCAAUGAAAGGCAUGGUAGACUCAUUCAAUGUAUCUGUUGCUGCUGGCCUACUUAUGCACCAUGCCGUCUGUGACAGAACUUCUCGCUUGGGAUGUCAUGGAGAUCUAACUAUUGAAGAGAGCCAAAUCUUGCUGGCAGAGUUCACUUUGCGCCACAGCAAUAGUGCAAUUAGGAUCGCUCAUGAAUAUGCAAAAAGAAAGAUACCUCAGCUUAAAUCAAAGCUGUGAAUAACUGGUCAAACUAGUUUCCUGAAGGUUGUUUUAGCCUAUUUGCACGUGGAAACUUCACAGUAAUAUGUCUGGACAUUCGACACACUUGAUGCUGCUGAGUGCCUGGUCGUAUAACUGAGCAGCUAUGCUUUUGCAUUUUUUGGGUAGUUCUGAUACAGCUUAUGUACAGCUUUACUUUCACCAGUUUGCUUUUUUAUGUCCACCAUUUUUUAAGGAUUUACUCCUUAAUGUAUAUGUUAAUUACUUAGACGAAAUAGCUCUCAAGAAAAAAUUGAGACGCUGUUAGCUUGCGUUAUUUAUUUUUCCUUCUGGGAUUUGCUGGUUUAAUGUUGUUUUAAAUUAUAUCACCGUUUUGAAUGA